ACCAUCGGGUGUUACAUUUAUCUGUGCCUGUACUUAUUAGAUAUCACAUGAAAUUUGAUCAACGCGCAAAUUGGAUCAAGAACGUUAAUAUAUGCGGUAAAACGGUUAAUAUAUAAAAUGCAACUCGAUUCAGUGACCGAAUUAUGUAAUUUGACACGUAUAGUUGAUCAAAACGAAUCUGAGACUGCUUUAAACGAGGCGAGAUCUUCGUUAAUGGAAAGCCCGCUGAAAGUUCACGUUUACUCCAUGAAGGAGAUAUAAUAGAUUUACAGAUUGACAAACUUGCUUUGAAGAAGGAUAAGUUAGAAAUGCCUGUUGCAAUAAUUUUGGAAGAUGAAUAUUUAGCUGUUAUCUGUAAGAAUGCAGGUGUAUCUAUUAGAAACUUGCAAGAAGCUUUGUCAUUCGUACUGGAUGGAGGAAGUGGUCUUGUCAAAGAAGGAAAGGAAUACACUUGCAUUAAUCAAACACAAAGAGCAGUUAAUGGUUUGAUCAUUGUUUCCAAAACUCGUGAGAUAAAAACUAAACUUAUGACCUUACUUAAAAGUGGUUCUAUUCGACAAAGUUAUCGGGUACUUUGUCAUGGUAAAUUUCCUUUGGAUGAUGAAACUUUUUUUCAUAAUCACACACCACCUUUCGCAUUACAAAAUGUCACUUUCACUCGUAGUACAUCCGGUAAAGAAAAGUAUAUCACAACAUUGGAUAUUAUUUUAAAUAAUUCAUCUGCAAUUUCAAGUGCUGGUAUUCAAGAAUAUUUUAUUCAAGUACAUCAUCCUAUCGUUGGUUCCAAUUCCCGUUCAAAAGAAUUGAAGUCGUGCAAAGAUAAAAGUUUAAUGAUGGCUUUAUUAGAAGUCACUUUUAGUCAUCCUAUAACAAGUGAAGAAAUCAAAGUAACUAUCAAUGAACCGAAAAAAUUUGAGAAAGUACGGCAACGCGAGCUAAAGUUUUUUGAGCAAAAGAAAAAUGAAACUAUUAAAGAAUUGCAACGAUAUGGAAUUGAAAUAACUGAUCAAUUAGAUUCAGAAAUUAUACCAACAGCGUAUAUUACUGGAGAAAAGGAAUUUUUUAAAUUAAGAUUUUUUGUUAGUAAAGAUACAAUGGUUCCUAGACCAUCAACAGAAUAUCUGGUACGAGAAAUCAUAGACUUAUAUUUGAAUAAAUUAGAUUCUGGAUUCUGGAAAGAUCGGGGAAAUGAUGAUGAUAAUAUGUUUUCAAUAUUAGAUUGUGGAACAGGAUCGGGAUGUAUUCUUAUUUCUGUAUUACAUUGUAUUUUAUCUCAGAAGGUUCAGACAAUUUCACCUCAUGUUUUUGGAUUAGGAUUAGAUAUAAAUUCUUCUGCUUUAGAGAUUGCUCGUAAAAAUGCAGAACGACACUUGAAACUCUUUGUUUCCGACAACAAUAAUUAUGAUUUUCAAAAAGGUGAUUUCACAAGUCUACACAAUUAUGGAUUAGUCCAUAACAAACAUUUUGAUAUACUUGUAUGCAAUCCACCAUAUCUGGAUAUUGCUCGAUCACUUCCAAAUGAUGAUGUACGUAAUUUUGAACCACCUGAAGCACUUUUUGCCGAAGAAAGUGGUUAUAAAUUUUACCGUCUGUUAUAUGAAUCUUUAGAACAUUCAUACAUAAAAAAGCUUGAUAUUUUGAAAGAGGAUUCUUUAAUUAUUUUGGAAGUAGGAAAUAAAAUGGCGGAAAAAGUUAAAAAAAUUUUCACUGGAUGGGAAUGUAUAAAAGCUAUCAGAGAUCAUCAAGGAUUUGAAAGAUGUCUGAUAUUUAUCCGAAAUUCGAGCAAGUGAAUUAAUUAUAUGUAUAAUUUGAUGUUAUAUUAUUUUACUAAAAAAGUUCAAAUUUUAAAUAAGCUGCUAUAUUAACACAAAAUCGAGGUAGUUUUGAUACCUAGUGAUUAGUGAUCAUAAUCUUGCUCAUUUUUUUAUGUUUUAUUGAUAUUAAUUAAUACAACAAUUAUACGGUUUUGUAAUUAAUAAUUUAUACAAUAAAAUUCAUUAUUCUUAA